AUACCACACAUCGAUGAUAUUGGCGGCGGUGUGCUUAAUGUGGUGGUGGGGCCAGGCAGCUAGUGAGGGUUGUGGCGGCAUCCUCACGGAGCCAGCGGGACUGAUACAGACCCCAGAAUUUCCUGCUCCAUUUUCUGUCCCUCUCAAAUGCCAGUGGCUGCUGGACUCUUCGGGUUUGCCGGAAGCCGACGUGGAGAUAGUGAUCUACCUCACCCAGCUCUUCGUCACCUCGGGUUUAACUUUCACCGAGUACGCCUUCUACGACCCGCUGGACUCGAGCCUCCAGAGGAACCCGUCGCUACUCCUUUCAGUGACCGAGCAGAACUCCGUCAUCACCCGCUGGUUGUCAACUCGCUCGCGAUUCCUGCUAAUCGAACUGGAACUGGACCGCCUGGAAGGCAAUCACAUCCGUGCACUGGACAACCUCUUAGACGUGUAUGGCUUCAACAUCACAUACCAGAUGGUCACUGGGCCGGCAAGCAAUACCAGCUGUUCAGUUAUGGACUGUUCAUUCGCUGGUAACUGUUACAUCAGUUCUGACUACAGGUAGAGUAUAAG